AGUUCUCCACUGUUUUAAGGAGCGAAGAGUGGUUUUGGCCGCUUACGUGUGAUAUUGUGGAAAGGAUCGCAGGAACACAGGGUAUUCCCAAUCUUUAUCGAUUGUGGCGCACUAAGACCAGGAAAUAGAUCGAUAAGAAAAGAAGGAAUCCAACAGCUGAUUGAAGCGAAGCCAACAGUGUUUAAAAGUUUCUGUAGAUCACGGUUGGAAUAGAGGAUACAAAGAUGGUGUGUUGGUCAGUAUUUCUAGCACUUCUCAUGGUGCUGGCCAUCUGUACUGGUGUCCCAACUGACAAAAAGCAAAGAACUGUUGACAAGACCUUGAGUGAUAUUGACCAUCAGACAGAUGGAGAACAUAAUGCUGACUAUGAUCACGAUGCUUUUUUGGGCCAUGAAGAUAAAGCUACUUUUGAUCAGCUGUCUCCUGAGGAGAGCAAAGAGCGCUUAGGAAUAAUUGUUAGUAAAAUUGACAAAGAUGGGGAUAGCUUGGUGACGGAGCAGGAGCUGAAGGACUGGAUUCGUUACGUGCAGACACGCUACAUCGUGCAGGACACCGACCGCAUGUGGAAGGAUCACCAGCCUGAUGAGGACAAUGCCUUGUCUUGGAAGUCCUAUCAGAAGAGGACUUUUGGCUAUGAUGAUGAUCCAAACGAGAAAGGAUCUCGUACUGAAGCAUAUGCAGAGAUGAUUAACAGAGAUCGUAGACGAUGGAAGAAGGCUGAUAAGGAUGGCGAUGAUCGCCUUAGCAAGGAAGAGUUCAUGGACUUUUUGCAUCCAGAAGAUGCUGAGCACAUGCGUGAUAUUGUUGUAAUGGAAACAUUAGAGGAUAUUGACAAAGACCAUGAUGGCUACAUCAGUAUGAAAGAGUACAUUGAUGACAUAUGGGGAGAUGACGAUGAUGAUGAGGAUGAUGAUGAUGAAGACAGAAAUGAGAAUGGUGAACCUGAUUGGGUUCAGAGUGAGCGAGAUCAGUUCACCAACUACCGUGACAAGAACCAAGAUGGACAGCUGGACACUGAUGAAAUCAGAGAGUGGAUCAUUCCAGAAGAUUAUGACCAUAGCUCAGCUGAAGCCAUACAUCUCAUUAAAGCUUCUGAUAAAGAUGGGGAUGGCAAGUUGACAAAACAAGAGAUCCUUGACAAGUAUGAUCUCUUUGUUGGAAGCCAGGCAACAGACUUUGGAGAAGCAUUGGCUCGUCAUGAUGAAUUCUAGACUGGUCAAGUCUAGUGUGCUCUUCCGUCCCCUGUUGUGUAAAUGGUGACUGUUCAACACAUGGAGAAGGCCAGAGUCCUGAGAUGGACAGUGUUCAUGCAUCUUUCAUCAGUCAUGAUCUUUCUUGGAGUCUUUGGUAGUCAAGUGUUUUUGUGCAUCCAGUCAGCUGUAGGACAGAGUACACUAGAGUUUCGAAGGCAUUUGCAUUUAUUUUGUAACUGCUGUUGAUAUUCAGGUUCUGAUAAAUUGUACAUCAGGGACACUGCUAAUUUAAAACAAACUGGUUGAAAGUGCUACAGUCUUUGUUGACAAUGAUAUCGGGAAUACUGAACAUGGUUUUCUCACUCUGAGAUCUUACAUAAGCUUAUGAAAGGAAAAUAAAAUCCAAAAUGAGACAUAACUAUGCCAUUCCAACCAGCACCCUCAGAGUACUUGAAGUAAACAGAACAUAGUUUGCCCCUGUGUCUGCAGUGGAUAUGUGUAAGUUCCAGCAAUAUUGGAUAUAUUUUUACUGAGGGACCUAUAGAAACAACAUGCCAGGCAUAGGGUUGAAUGUGUAUGGCAAAGAUGGAUGUGUGAGUGACUUGUGAUAUGUUCAAAAUGUAACCCAUUAACACUUGCACCUACACUUGAUCUUUGUGCCUCCCAUCCUCCCCAAAAUCACACCCCAGCAUUCAGUAUUUAUCCUGUCAUAAGCUAUCAUCAUUACGGUCAGUAAGGCCAGAAAAUGAUCAAGUUGUUUUAUCUGUGUCUGAACAAAUAGUGAAGGUCUUUUGUGGACUGUUACAUGGUCAAGUCAGUUUGGUUUCUAGUUCAUGCUUUUAUUGACUGCUUGUGUAACUUCAUUGUACCUUAAACUGACAUUUAUAAGCAAGACAUGAACAAAAGAAUGUGUCAUCUUUACUUGCAUAAUAUUUAUAUUUCAUAAUAUACCAAGGAUGGUUAAGAUAAGAGGCAAUGUUCAAGAUCAGCUGUUUUAGAUUCCACGUUAUCUUAAGUAAGGGGUAUCUACCCACACUUCAUUCCUCACUUCACCAGCCUGUUAUGGACAGUCAAAGAUCGCUAUUUUCAUUGACUAAAGAAAUUGUUAUUGACAGCUUCCUGGCACUACAUGUCCCAGCUCAGAAAUGGGGGCCAACCACAGUCAUCGGGGCACAGGCCAACCAUCUGCAGAAUAAUGAAGUUUGUGCACACUUAGGCAGCGGCAAAACUUAAUCAAAAUUGUAUUUUUCUGGUGACUUCAAGAAACUUUUUCAUGUGUUUUGCAGUUAAAGUACAAGUUUUCAACAAUUUCUUAAUUAUUUUUUUAAAUUUUACUUCAAAUUUGUUUUCAUGCACAUGAAUAAGAUUGUAACUUUCACCAAAACAGUUUGAGAAGCUUUCUCUUUACUAACUACCAUUUCAGCUAUUCGCUAUCUUCCCUACAAAAACUAUAUUAAUUUUGGUCUUGACUGAAAGCUCAAGUGUACUAGAAAUAGUGUUUUGGUUAAUUUGUGGGAAGGGUUAAGACCACUUUUGGAAAAUGUGACCUUUAUCUAUGUUAAUAGCAUAUUUGAAGCUAUCCCCCUCAAAAUUUCAGGAUCUACAGCUUCAAAUAAAUGAUUUGUUGAAUUUUCCUCAGUCAAAAUUAUAUUUGUAAUUUUUAAAUGCCACAGCUCAUUGUCCUGUUUCAUCUUACACCAUGUGUGUACAUGCUGGGCAGAUCUCGUUCGUCUCCUUUAGUUUGACAGUAUUUUCUUUGUUUCAAACAUUUUCAGAUGUUAAAAAAAUGGCAGUGACUACUGUAAUAUUUGCUGCCUACCUUAAUAAUAAGACAUACAACCAUUUGUAAAAUCUGCCAUGAUGGCAGUAUUCAGGUCACAUGAAGCUUGGGAUAAGGCUGUCAGAAUCUACAAGUAGGUGAUCAUAACCAUGGAGAUCCUGGCCUUCAUCUGAAAUAAGUAUUCAUGACUCCUGUAAAUGAGUCAUUUUCCACAUUGAAAUAUUUUUAAAAAUUAUGAUGUCCAGCAUAUCUGUGAGUGUGUGAAAGUAUUACACUAUAUAGUUCCUGCCUUUUAGAACAGCUAAACAUGGGCUUGCAAGGAUGCUGGAAAUUUUUUGUUUUUGCUUUUAAGACAUUAAAUCAAACAUAUCUUUAAUCAUACUCAAUUUUAUAAGAGAUUUUCUUGCAGUUGUUGUUUAGUCUGAGAUUUUCAGGUCAAAUUUUUAAUAUGCGUUUUGUCCAGAAGUGCCAAUAACAUUUUUCUCCAUUUUCUUUUGAUAGUGAUAGUUACUUUCUUUGGUUUUGUUCCUGUUGUCACAUUGCAUAGUUCUUUGACAAAUUGCCAUGUAGUAUGUUGCUCCCAUUUCAAAUUACUAAAUUGUUGAUUUAAAGGUUCUCACCUGAAAGUGUUAUCACUCUCUUGCUUCUGCUUGCAGUAUUUUGUAGGUCACUAGAAUAUUUGUAUGUAGAAUAUUUUUCCAAGGUAGAUUUUAGUCAUAUGUUCAGGACUCUCAAAGAUUAGCAGUAGAUGCUGCCAACCAGAAUAUUAGAGCACUGUUUCCCUAGUCUCUUGUAGCAUUUGAAGAGGAGUUUUUAGUAUGACCAGAGGGGUCUAGAGUUGGACAUCAGACAGUACAAUCGCCCACUGUUGUUCAGUAACUAUUUUCUACUGUUGCUUUCCUGAAGUGAUUGGUUAGCCUGCACAUCCUAGUAGACAAGUAGCAUAGCUGGUUCAGGGGAGUGCAGCUAGUAAAAUGCCAAUGAGUAGUUUGAGGAUGCAGUAGAAUUUAAAGGAAUUAUGCCCAAGGCUGAAAUUGGGGGUAAUUGCCACAGCACUGAGCUGGUGCAGGAAAGAACAGACUUUUUGAAAGACCUCCACAUACAAACAACUCUGUUGUUGCUCUAUCCUCCAUCUUAAAACUGUAGACGUUUCACACGAUCAUUUUUUCAAAUGUGUGCAGUUUUCAUAGCUUUAAUUAAAAAAAAAAUUUUUUUCUUGCACAGUCUGAAUGGUUUAAGACUGUAAAAAUUCGUCAAUAUACACCAGUGUAUGUCUUUAAGCAUUUGUCUUUUUGCAGAAGCAUUUUGGUUGCAUGUAUGUACUGAUAUCCUUUCUUGCUGGUCAAGUAGAAUUAUUGCAAAUUUUAGUUUUGAUUCACUUGUCCCUAUGUCCUACACAAAAGUUUGCAGCUUACAAUUUUUACAAUUUUUAUUGGCUAACUAAUCCCUUCCCAUAGUGUUUUCUCAUGCUAUGCCACAUGAGCUGAUGCUUGUGCUGUUGUAAUAGUUUUGUAAUAAAGUUGAUGUUUGAUAAAAA